AUGCGCGCCGCUCCGCCGCCCGCUCGGCUGCUGCUGCCGCUGCUGUUGCUUGCGCUCCUGGCCGCGCCCGCCGCCCGCGCCCGCAGAGCCGAGUCCGCCCCCGCGCCGCAGCCAGACCCCGAGCGCCAGGAGCGGCCGCCGCCCGGACCCGGGCCCGGGAACUCCACCCGGCCUGGGGUUGGGGCAGCGGGUGGAGGCAGCUCCAACAGCAGCGGCGAUGCCUUGGUGACCCGCAUCUCCACCCUUCUCCGCGACCUGCCCACCCUGAAGGCUGCUGUGAUCGUGGCGUGCGCCUUCAGCGCCCUCCUCAUCGCCUGCCUGCUGCUGCGCGUCUUCAGGUCAGGAAAGAGGUUAAAGAAGACCCGCAAGUAUGACAUCAUCACCACUCCAGCUGAGCGGGUAGAAAUGGCCCCUCUGAAUGAAGAGGACGAUGAGGACGAGGAUUCCACAGUAUUUGACAUCAAAUACAGGUAAAACCUGUUUCCCAGGGGGUUGCAUACUGUGGAAAAUUGUUCAGCUGCAGCCUGGGCUGUGAAGGAUCUGGAGCAGUCUCUCGUCCACGGUGUUCAAACCAAAACAAACAACAUUCACGAAACUCUGGCUCCGUCAUGUGUGUCCAGCGUCCAUUCAGAGUGUCACCAUCAAGCUUGUUUCCAAAUCACCACCCGGGAGGAGUUGCCUCUGCUACUUUCUGGGUGCCCUUUUAAAAUGUCACCCCUUCUCCUGCCUCCCUUUGGUUUUUUUUUUUUUUUGCCUUGCUAAAGCAAAGGGUAGAAACAUGUUGAAAAAUAUUUUUAAAGCAACUCUUGACAACAGUGGAACUAUAAUUAGGAGGAUCAAGUAUCUAAGAACAGCCUGAAGAGUCUUCAGCUGUACACUUAGAAUUCUUGCCACUCUGCUCUCCUGGAUCUCUACGCUAGACAUCAGGCCCUUCGGCAAUCUUUUUGGCUUGGUGGGGGCUCAGGCCUUAUUUUGGUGAGGGCUGUAUGAAAUUUCAGGUGGGGAAUGCUGAGACUGGUUGGCCCCUACUGGAAGUGAACCAGUAUUAGCUCCUGUCCCCACCACCGCACACCUUUAUUAAAAGGGAUCAGCAGAAAUAGGCCUGGCUAGUUCACAAAGAAUUUAGAAUUUCAGUUAUCAGGGAAAACAAAGUAUGUGUGUGUGUGUGGACAUGUGUGUGAAUAUAUAUAAAAUAAUUUCUCCUCUCAAGGGAACGGAAAGCACUGGGCAGCUUUGGGUUGGUAACUUUUUUGUUUUUUUAAAUGCUUUUGUGUAUGUGUUGUGUGUGUGUUUGUCACGAUUCUUCAUUGUUUGUCUUAGAAAUAUAAUUAAAAAUCACUGUGGUAAUUUAAAUCAAUGGUGAUUUGGCUGGGUCAAGUGAAGGACAUGAUUAGGGACUCUGCUGGCCCUAAGUCAGUCUAGACUGGGAACUUCCUGGACCCAGGAGUUUACUGCACAAGGACCCCCUCCCUUAGGCAUGGGUAGGGUCUGAGGCAGGCCGCUUCCCUGGGAGCCUGUGAGGUAACUUUACCCAGAGAUACCCUGUGGAACAGGACCUUGGGAGACCUCUCAGAUUGACGGAGGCCUCCCAUUUUGCUCUCCUCCCAUAUUGAUGCAGCCAGUGCAUUUCUACUUCAAGCCUACUAGCAGUGCCUUUGGGACCCUGGGGUUCCAUUCUGUCUGAAAAGGUGUUUUUAAUUUUUUACCCCUUCUUUUCCUUUCUGGCACUGCCCUACGGUUUGUUAUGUUUGCCUGUCUAUGGUCCUGUUCCGUUGGCGGGGAUGAAAACUCCCACCUUCCCCUCCUCACCCCCAUUUUCAGGCUCUUCGGUUUCCUGAGAAGGGCUCUCUUGGUGGGAAGAGAUGGGCAGGGGCUUCUGUGGCCCUGAGGCUCACCUGGGUGUGGGUGCUGUGUGACCCUAGCUGUUAGCAGGCGUGCUGGUGGCACAAAGGGAGCCCUGGAAGCCCAGGCCAAGUAUAGCCCUGUGGCUGGUGCUGCUGGGCUGUCGGCUGUGGCGCAGCCCAGACGUGGUGCCUGCUGGGCCUGGCCCUGUCGCUUCACCUCCUUUGUUGACUCUUCUCCCCUCAGCUCUGUUUGUCAGAGGGGUGGGGCUGGAAGCAGAACAGCUGUGGCUGCACUCUCUCCCCCCUCCAUGGUGGUGUGCUCACAACCUGAGCAGUGA